GCAGAGGAAUCAAAAUCGACGUCCAGAAAGUUUUUUCUCCCAAACGAUUGACACGAAUCACACAUACACGGCUAAAAGAAAUAGUGGAGAGGUGUUGGAACUCAAAUUGGAAAAAUCGAAAGAAUAAAAUUUAAACUCACRCAAAAUUGCGAGGAUUAAACUUUGUUUGCUUGCGAAUUCAUAGCCAAAUAGCAAUUAUAAAAUAAAAUAUUGAGUGGAAGAAAUUUGUUGGUGCAAAUUAAAUAAAUAUUUAAAGCGCUGUGCAAAAGCCGAAACCAGUUGGUUGGAAAAGAUAAAAAGUGAGUGUCAAUGUGGAUUAACAAUCAGUAAAAGAAGGAAUGUAGAAACGACGUUGAAAAAAUAGAUAUUUACUCAAUACUCGUGCUAUAAAUGAAAUAUAAAUUGUCACUCAACACUCAAUGAGUUCAACCCAAAAAAAAAAAAAAAAUAUCAAACCAUCUGAGCUCAAUUUAAUUCAAUUCCCAUCUUCGACAGUAAACCAAAACUCCAAUAGAGCGAAAAGUGAUAAAUAAAAAUUGUAAAAAAAGGAAAUAACGGAAGUUUAAGCAAACAGUAAUAAUAGUUGUCAAUCAGUGAGCAAAAACACCAUAACGAUUCCAGCACUGACUACAAGUCCAACUUCAGCUUAGAACAUCUGCUAAGAUAGCACCAGCAAAGCGCAAAGUAAAUUAAAAAGCGGCAGCAUCAUGACUAUGGCAGGGCAGACCAUCAACGAUCGGCUCUUGGCAGCGCGGCAUAGCUUGGCCGGUCAAGGCCUGGCUAAGUCAGUGUGCAAGGCCACCACAGAGGAGUGCAUCGGGCCCAAGAAGAAACAUUUGGAUUAUUUGGUACAUUGCACGAACGAACCGAAUGUCUCCAUACCGCAUUUGGCCAAUUUACUUAUUGAACGCUCACAGAAUACCAAUUGGGUGGUGGUAUAUAAAGCACUGAUAACCACUCAUCAUUUGAUGGCAUAUGGCAAUGAGCGAUUCAUGCAGUAUUUAGCGUCCAGCAACUCAACGUUUAAUCUCAGCAAUUUUCUGGACAAAGGCGGRGUGCAAGAUGGCUUAUCGGCACCGGGUGGCAGAAUGGGCUAUGACAUGUCUCCGUUCAUACGACGCUAUGCCAAAUACUUGAACGAGAAGUCACUCUCAUAUCGUGCAAUGGCUUUUGAUUUUUGCAAAGUGAAGCGCGGCAAAGAUGAGGGUUCUCUGCGAACCAUGAAUGCCGAUAAACUGCUCAAGACAUUGCCAGUACUGCAGGCGCAGUUGGAUGCGUUAUUGGAGUUCGAUUGUCAGGCCAAUGACUUGAGUAACGGUGUCAUCAACAUGAGCUUUAUGCUGCUCUUCCGCGACUUGAUACGUUUGUUUGCGUGCUACAAUGAUGGCAUCAUUAAUUUGCUCGAGAAAUAUUUCGAUAUGAAUAAGAAGCAUGCACGCGAUGCUUUGGAUUUGUACAAAAAGUUUUUGGUGCGCAUGGAUCGUGUUGGUGAAUUUCUCAAAGUUGCUGAGAAUGUUGGCAUUGACAAGGGUGAUAUACCUGAUUUGACUAAAGCUCCUAGUUCUCUCYUGGAUGCUUUGGAACAACAUUUGGCUACUUUGGAGGGCCGCAAAGUAUCCGCCGCUAAUACACCAACUCAAUCAGCAAGCAAUCAGAAGAAUGUUAAAUCCGCUGUCACUGCCUUAUCUUCCACCAGCUCAUCCUUCGGCACAGCCGCCGCAUCAAGCAAAUUCGACACGACCAAUGGCAUCGAUGAGCAAUUGAAAGCCCAGGUAUUGGCCGAAGAGGAGGCUGCAAUGAAUCAAUACAAACAGUCGAAGGUCUCYUCACCAACUGCAGGCGGUGCUGGUGCUGCACUAACAAAUCCAUUCUUAUCGUCGCCGCCAGCCAGUGGCGCUGGCGCACCGAUAGUCGAUCUGUUUGGUGCAGCUCCGGCAACGGCUGCUGGCUCGACUGGUGGCGCCGGUGCAGGCGGUGCUGCGGGCGGCACAAAAGCCUCCGAUGAUUUGCUACAAUUGGGAAAUCCRUUUGCUGAUAUGUUCGAUGCACCAGUCGGUGGUGCAGGCGCUGGUGGCGGUGUGUCAGCAGCAACAGGUGGUGCACAGAAUGCCAAUAAUAUUUGGAUGCAUAAUAAUGGUUUCAAUGGCGCGCCUUCGGCGGCUGCUAACGCCUUCGUCUCGGAUAGCAACUUUUCAUCCGUUUUCGGUAACACUGAACCAGCCGCGGCUGCUGCAUCCUCCGCCGCGGCGGCCUUGCCAAAUCCAUUCUUCGACACCGUGGAAGCGCCGUUCUUUGGCGCACAGCAACAACAGCACCAGCAAGCAGAGUUUUCAACACACAGCGCCGCCACUGCCGCCGUCGCUAAUAUGCCACAGGGGGCACAAGCCGCGCAAACGCUCUUUAUGAACACAGCAACUAUGGUGGCGCCGGCGCCACAACAAUUCCCACCAGGCUUUGAUGCUUUGGGUGAUGUACUAAAACCUGGCAUCACUGCCACGCAUCCAGCCGCUUCCAAUCAAACAACUAUUGUCACUGCAGGUGCUCUGGGUAUGGCUGGUAGUCAGCAGCAGCAACUACUCACCCAACAACAACAGCAACAACAACUGUUUCAACAACAACAACAAACACAGCCAACUAAUAGUGGCAAAAUACUCACUGGCGAUUUGGAUAGCUCGCUAAUGUCACUUGUAGAUAAUCUGAAUAUAAACAAAUCGAGCAGUGCAAAACCUGUGCAAUGGAACUCACCGAAAAAUACAGCGAAACCCGGUGCUAAUUGGACACCUCAACCAAUGGCUGCUACAACUGGUGCUGGCUAUCGUCCAAUGGCACAUGGCAUGACAGUAAGUCCUGCGCCUAUCACAAUCCAAAACCAUCAGUAUAUACACGCUAGUUAUCCUGUUAUACCAAAUUAUAUGCAGCAGGGAAUGCCGGUGAUGGGACAACCUAUGAUGGGYCAAGCCCCUUUGACUGGCGUACAGCCGACGAUGGCGCCAAUGAUGACAGCGGCGCCGCAAGCGCUGCACAGUAGUGCGAUAACAAUGCAACCGCAAUCGAUCCACCACCAACCACAACAACACAAUGGCAGUAAUAAGGGAGCGCCACCGGAUCCAUUCGGCGUAUUAUAAGUUGGCUAAACCGAUCAGCCGGACAUGAGCAACACUAACAACAACACAACUACGAAUAAGCGCAGCAGAACUGCUGCAUAGACGUGUGUGGCGCCAUCCAACAACACUAACAAAAUUUCGUAUAAUCAAACCACAUUUAAAACGAUGGCAGGGGGGUAUGCAAAAGAAAAAAAAAAAACAAAUAUUGCUAAAAUGGCUAGCAAAGCGCUGACAAGCGGAAGGGGGGUGUGGCUGUUAAGUGGGGGUGCGUAGAUAGCUUAGCUGUGGUAGAAAAUGUUGAUGCCUUCCAUUUGAAAGGGGACCAGGGGACCGGGUGCGUGUAAAGCAAGUUGUGCAUGUCAUUCAUAAAAAAAAAAAAUAAAAAAUUAUAAUAAUAAUAACAAAAAAAAAAACACGUUUGAAAUUAUAAAUUAAAUACAAUUGAAUACUAUUAUGAUUAUAUUACAUUAUAUUAUAUACAAUUAAAUGCAAGCAAACAUCAAGAAGAAAACAAAAUGUAAUGAAGCAGCGUUAAAAUUAGUAAAUAAACAAAGAGCAUACCAUAAAAUACAUUAUUGUAUUGUACUAUUUCUUAUAAAUAUAAUUAUUCUAUUGUAUUAUGUAACUGCAAAUACCAUUACCAAUCACAAAGAGCGUUCACUGAAAUGCGUAAAUUAGCAAAAACGACAAAACCAACAAAGAGUUAUACAAAAUAAACGACAAAUAUAUAUACAUAUAAAUUCAACGCAGCAUACUUACUAUUAUUAUAUAUAUAUAUGUAUACAUACAUAUAUGAAGCAGAUAUGCGUAUCUAACUAUAUAAACAUACACAGAUGUAUAUGAGUAAUGCAAAAACUUCUAUAAAUUAGUGAUGUAAGUGACACUCAAAACUGGCACGCUAAUGUUAAAUUACCCCAAAUAAAAAAAAAAAACACAAAUAAAA